CGAGUGCACUCGAGACGGUCCCGUUCGUUCUCAUCGCCUGUCAAUUCGAAUCAGUAACACUAGUGAUAUUGUGAUUUGUUUCCUCGAGUAACUCGCAGCCCUGGAUUCCCCGCAGGCAAGAAUGGACGGGCCGGCGGUAUUGUCUCUGCCUCCGAUGUCCAACCAAAAACCAGUUGCGUCGCCACAGCCCCAGUCGCAUUCCAAACCGAAUCAGGAGUUGCAGGUGGGAACAGUGUCGUUGUACGGGAUCCACAUCGUGUCUCUGGUGAUCGAGGGCCAGGAACGAUUAUGUCUGGCUCAGAUCAGCAAUACACUGCUCAAGCAGUUCAGCUACAACGAGAUUCACAACCGUCGUGUAGCCCUGGGCAUCACCUGCGUCCAAUGCACACCGGUGCAGCUUGAAAUCCUCCGUAGAGCCGGCGCCAUGCCGGUUUCCUCAAGAAGAUGCGGGAUGAUCACGCGACGGGAAGCCGAACGACUCUGCAAAUCUUUCCUGGGCGAUAACGCGCCCCCUAGACUUCCCGAGGACUUUGCGUUUUCGGUACAUCACGAAUGUGCCUGGGGUUGUCGAGGCGCAUUUUUACCAGCACGGUACAACAGUUCCCGAGCAAAGUGCAUCAAGUGUGCCUACUGCGGUCUCUUCUUCUCCCCGAACAAGUUCAUAUUCCAUUCGCACCGUAUCGGCCCGACGGACAAGUACGUCCAACCAGACGCGGCGAACUUCAACUCGUGGCGGAGACACAUGAAGCUAUCAGGCAGCCCCCCUGACGACGUGGUCCACGCCUGGGAAGACGUCAAGGCGAUGUUCAACGGAGGAACCAGAAAGAGACUGCUGUCGAAUCCCACGGGACCUCGGUGCACACCAACGGCCGUUAAACGUGCCAGAUCCUCGCCACCGACGCAAUUGCCCUCCCCGAUACCCUCGCCGACGCAUCCGCGAGUUCCGCCGUUCCCGGAACUGCCGCUUCCAUUGUCGCGGAAUUUCGUCAUGGACUACGUGUGGCAUCAGCAUCAACAGGCCGCGGCAGCAGCGGCGGUAAAAACCCCCGGCUUCUCGUUUUCGCAGUACGCUUUACCCUGGCUGGCAAAAAGACCCGUUCUUUUCCCAGGUCCACUGCCCCCGCCGAUACCCGGAGCAACGACGGCCGAACCCAUGGCACCGCCAGUCACGUCGUCCUUGCAUCAGUCCGCUUUUCACCCGGUACUUCGGGCGGGUCCUCCGCUCGGUGAAUCGGGUCAGAUAGUCCAGGAGUCUACCCCUGAACCCAGCGUUGAAAAGGACGACGAUUCCGACGACGAGGUCGACAUCGAGACGACGGAGGACGAGGUCAAGGCACCCUUGAAUCACCCUCAGAGCCUCAACUCCGCGUCAAACUCCGCCCUGAGUACCCACAGUGGGCACAGCACAUCGCCCCAGUGUUGGAGUCCUCCGAGAGAAACGGAGCGAGAGGCGGAAAAAAUAGCCGAAGAAGCCGCGGCCCUAAGAGAAGUGAAACCCGAAGUCCCUAGAGUGGCUACGACGACCGGAAGUCCAGAGAGCUGGCAUGGAGGAGCACUUUACAGGCAUCUACAUUUACUCCGAGGUAGCGAUGUGUCCGACUGCUCUGCUUGCAGGCCUCGAGGCGUCUUCUACGGACAAGUUCACAGCCCUUCAGCUCCCACAAAUUAAUUAUUCUCAUAAUUAUUCUCCGCCGCUCUGUAGUGCGUUCUGUAAAUUACGUAUACAUAUAUAAAUAAUAUAUAUACAUAUAAAAAUUACUCGAUGCAGGUUCGUAAGUAAUAAAAGUAAAACAUGCCUGACUAAUUACGAUAUAUGUAUAGGUCGUACACACAUAUAUAUAUAACGAAUACGAAAAGAGCAAUGCCUAGAUAUCAAAUCACACACCUAUGUGCAGGAUUAUAAUUCGCUCCUUCGUCCUUUCUGUAGAUAUAAACUCUACUUAACUACGGUCUCCGUUAAGCUGGAUAUUGUGACAUAAUAAUUGAUAAUAUAAAUUGUAGAAUUAAUCGCUAACUAAACGCUUUUUAAUUGCAUAAGAACAAAAAGACCCCCAACCAAUCAUUGCACAAA